AUGGAAAACGAAGGAAUAUAUCAACAGCGAUUUUUAGAUUCUGAAGUCACUAUAGAUGAAGAAGUAAAGAAAGAAACAAUUGAUGAUCCAAAUGAAUCACGUUUUGAUGAGUAUUCUUAUAUGGAAAACGAAGAAAUAUGUCUACAGCAAUUUUUAAAAUCUGAAGUAACAAUUGACGAAGAAGUAAAGCAUGAACCGAUUGAUGAGCAUGUUGCAGACGCUAGUAAAAACAAAAACAAUAUCAGAGAGUCAAGUGAUUUAGCAGAUAAUACAAGUGAAUGCAAUAAAUCAGUUAAAAAAGUUGUAGGAAAAUGUAAAACUUGCAAUAAAAAUUUCCCAACAAUUAUCACCUUACGUCAACAUAAAAUGAUUCAUACAAGAGAACGUCCUUACAAAUGUGAAACAUGUAAUAAAGCAUUUACAACAAAUGAUAAUUUAAGUCAACAUAAAAAGAUUCAUAUGGAAGAACGUCAUUACAAAUGUGAACUAUGUAAUAAAGCAUUUAAAACAAAUAGUAAUUUAAGUCAACACAAAAAAUUUCAUACAAGAGAACGCCUAUACGAAUGUGAAAUAUGUAAUAAAGAAUUUAUAACAAAUGGUACAUUAAUUCGACAUAAAAGGAUUCAUACAGGAGAACGUCCUUACAAAUGUGAAAUAUGUAAUAAAGCAUUUAUAACAAAUGGUGAAUUAAUUGGACAUAAAAGGAUUCAUACAGGAGAACGACCUUACAAAUGCGGAAUAUGUAAUAAAGCAUUCAUAGCAAAAGAAACAUUAAACCAGCAUGAAAUGAUCCACACUGGAACCCGUCCUCAUAAGUGUGCUUUAUGCAAUAAAUCAUUCACAAGAAAAGAAACAUUAAACCAGCAUGAAAUGAUCCACACUGGAACCCGUCCUCAUAAGUGUGCUUUAUGCAAUAAAUCAUUCACAAGAAAAGAAACAUUAAACCAGCAUUUAAUGAUUCAUACUGGAGAACGACCUUACAAAUGUGAAAUAUGUAAUAAAGCAUUCAUAGAAAAAGAAACAUUAAAGCGACAUUUAAUGAUUCAUACUGGAGAACGACCACAUAAAUGCAAAAUAUGCAAUAAAGCAUUCAAAUUAAAACGAGAUUUAAAACUACAUGAAUUUGUUCAUACUAAAGAAAGCAAUCAUAAAUGUGCAGUAUGUAAAAAAACAUUUGCAAAAAAACAAGAUUUAAGUCUGCAUGAAAUGAUCCACACUGGUGAGCUUCCUCAUAAGUGUGCGUUAUGCAAUAAAUCAUUCACAAGAAAAAAUACAUUAAACCGACAUCUAUUGAUUCAUACUGGAGAACGGCCACAUAAAUGCGAGAUAUGCAAUAAAGCAUUCAAAUUAAAACAAAGUUUAAAACGACAUGAAUUAAUCCACACGAGAGGAAGCAAUCAUUGA